GGCGUCAAGAGCGACGUGGAGAGGCUCACGGCGGGUCUGGAGAUCAUGCGCGAGGUGCAGCUGAAGGUGACCUCCCUCCGAGAGGACUUGCAGGCGACGCAGCAGCAGGUGGAGGGCAAGAAAGAGGCAACGGAAGAUCUGAUAAAGCAGGUCACCGCCGCCAAGGCCGUCGCCGCCAAGGACGGCAGGACGCGGCCAGGAGGGAGGAGGAGAAGUGCGCGCCCCUCGCCGCCGAGGCGGCGCAGAUCCAGGAGCAGGCCUCCAAGGAGCUGGAGGAGGCCAUGCCCGCCAUGAACGAGGCAAAGAACGCGGUGGACUGCCUGAAACAGAAGGAGAUCCAGGAGCUGAAGAGCAUGCAGAAGCCGCCGGUCGAGUGCACCGAUGUGUGCGCCGCCUGUGCCUUCCUGAUAAAGGGCGCGAAGAAGAAGUUCGACUGGCGCGAGAGUGUCCGCAUGAUGAACAACCCUCCCGCGUUCCUGCAGGAGGUCAAGGACCUCGACGCGGACCACAUCCCCGAGCAUGUGCUCACGUCGGUGAAGCCCUUCCUCCAGAAGGAGUACUUCUCGUUUGAGGGGAUGAAGACGAAGAGCAUGGCGUGCGCGUACUUGGCCGCGUGGGUGGUCAACAUCGUCAGGUACAAUAGUAUAUACCAGCGCGUGGCGCCGCUGAGGGCGAGGGCCGAGGAGGCCCAGGCCAGGAAGGAGAAGGCCGAGGGCGAGCUCCAGCAGGUCCAGAAGCGCGUCGCGGACGAGGAGGCGAAGUGCGCUGCGCUCGACAAGAAGUUCCAGGACCCGAGGGUGGGAGAUUUCGCCAUGGGUGAUUGCAAAGAGCGUGCUGCCCAUGCUGACAAGCGUCCACGCAUCCAGGACAGUGCUGACAAGUCGGGCUUCGCCACUCCUGCCGGCGACGAGGAGCUCGAGCCCCAGGUUGAUGAACGGUUCCUCUCCUUGGUCCGCGACGCCCUCUCCAAGGACAUCCAGCAGACCGCCAUGGAUGCCAUCCGUGACGUCGCCACUGCGGCCGCCACGGCUGCCGUCACCGAGCAGUUCUCGAAGGUGGAGCUCAGCAUGGCCCGAGCUAUUUCCAAACAGGACGAGGUCUACCAGGCGCAAUUCGCGUCGCAGGCGGCUCAGGUCGCCACUGUAUCCCGGCUCGAGCAGCAGCAGGCAGAGCUCCAGCAGCAGGUCGCCGACCUUUCCCAGCGCAUGGGCCUCGCAGAGCAGCCUACGGCCACCACACGGGCAGAGAUCCAAUCAGCCCUCAAACACACUCCUGCGACGGAAUGCGACCCCACCAUCAUCAGGCUCAACACCGAGGACUUCGUUUCACACGCAGCGGCCCUCGCCCUCGUCACCGAGCUGGCCAAAGCCGCCAAAGUCGCUGAGCACCUGAUCUCCCUCAUGGGCGGCGCCGUGGAGAAGAAUUUCACCAUCCGCGUGGCUGGCACACCUGUUGCUGCCGCCGCGGCCGUCCAGGCGAUUCUCAACCAGUGCCGCGACGGCAAUGGCAAGUGGAAGGAGUGGAUGGAGUACGCCAAUGUCGAGCACUUCCGCGGCGCAGACAAGCUCAUCGCGGCGAAGUCCGUUCUCAAGGUUACCAUGGCCGCGGCUAAGAACAAGCAGUUCGCGAAGGAGGAGUCGGAAGAGCUGGACGAGCUGGGCCGUCCUAUGAACGCGCCGCUCGAGCAGCGCGGCUUCGUGAAGCACCGGCACUUCGCGGAUAACAUCGUUGAGCUCGACGCCCACAUGGUGCAGGCGUCAUUCCGGCCGCCCGGUAGUUUUCUCCCAGUUGGUCUGGCGAUGGACUAUGGCACGGCUUUCGUUUCGAUUGCCCACAGCUGGCUCUUGAAAAUACUUCGUUUCCAGGGCUGGCCCGAGUUUGUCAUCGGUUUUUUCCAUUCUAUGUACGACUUCGCGGCCACGGUCAUUUUAGUUGAUGGCGUCUGGGCCCCGAGCUUCAUCAUUCAUACGGGUGUGCUGCAGGGGGGCCCGCUGAGCUCAAUCUUCUUUGUCCUCUGCACCGACCCCCUGGUCUUCGGCCUCCGCGCUGCUGUUUCCGACAUGGGUAUCUUCUGA